UCUCCGCGCAGCCGCCGCCAAAGCCUGGAGAAGUGGAAUCUCGCCGGCGCCGCUCCCUGCGCGGGACUGGCGGAGCGGCACUGGGCAUGCUCAGUCGCCGGAGCCCGUCCUGGUCUCAAGUAGGAAGCUCGUGUGCUGCUCCCGCAGCUGAUCCUGACGCUCCCAGCAGGGCGAGACUGGAGCAGAGCUGCCGGGCGCCGGAGCCGAGGCGAGCGCCGCGCACUGCCGGUUGGAGCUGCUGUGGGUGAGCUGCUGCCGUCCGUAGCCAAGCAUGCUGUGGUUGGAUCUGCCCAGCCGGGGAACAGAAACGUUUGCUGGAUGGAAAAUCCAUAAAAGAAAGCUCCUGUGAAAGCCUGAGACAGACGAUAACUUAAGCACGAUCAGAUAUAUUUGGGCUGCCUGACCUCACUGAGUCAUUGCUAGUAAUUAACAGGACUUUGUGGGAAAAGGGAACUUGCCUUCUGAGCUUCGUACCAAAGACCUGGGAAAACUUAACCAUCUCAGUCUUUCCUGAGUACUUGGAAACUGCCGGGGUCCCUGACAAUGUGCUGACUGGUCGUCGCUAUGGGCAGACGGUACCCAGAGGCUCACUGUCAUCCAGGCAGCUCAUAUUUCAAAUUAUAAGCUGUUUCCUGCACCAUUGCUGACGUGCAGAGACCCAUGUCAGAAGUCCUUCCAGCUGACUCAGGUGUAGACACUUUGGCAGUGUUUAUGGCCAGCAGCGGAACCACAGACGUCACGAAUCGGAACAGCCCAGUCACACCACCAAACACCCUCAAUCUCCGGUCCUCCCACAAUGAACUAUUGAACGCCGAAAUAAAACACACAGAAACCAAGAAUAGCACACCCCCUAAAUGCAGGAAAAAAUAUGCACUAACUAACAUCCAGGCGGCCAUGGGCCUCUCGGAUCCAGCCGCACAGCCCCUGCUGGGAAAUGGCUCUGCCAACAUCAAGCUGGUGAAAAACGGGGAGAACCAGCUCCGGAAGGCCGCAGAACAAGGGCAGCAGGACCCCAACAGGAACGUCAGCCCCACCGCAGUCAUCAACAUCACUUCUGAGAAGUUAGAGGGUAAAGAGCCCCACCCUCGGGACUCCCCGGACUGUGAGAUUUUACCCUCCCAGCCCCGGAGAACCAAGAGCUUCCUGAACUACUAUGCAGACCUGGAGACCUCCAGCAGGGAACUCGAGCAGAACGUGGGCAACCAGCUUGGGGCUGUGGGAGAGAAGGCCCAGCCAGGCCAGGCCUCCCCCACUGUUGGGAACAGCGAUGUGCUGCUGCAGAAACCAAACAAGCCCCAGUCUAGCCCCGAGGAGGGCCACAUAGCCACAGUAUCAUCCAGCCCAGAGACCAAGAAGGAUCAUCCUAAAACAGGGGCCAAAACCGAUUGUGCACUCCACCGGAUCCAGAACCUGGCGCCAAGCGAUGAGGAGUCCAGCUGGACCACACUGUCCCAAGACAGCGCCUCCCCCAGCUCCCCGGACGAGACAGCAGAUAUAUGGAGUGACCACUCAUUUCAGACUGAUCCAGAUUUGCCACCUGGCUGGAAGAGAAUCAGCGACAUCGCUGGGACCUAUUACUGGCACAUACCAACAGGGACGACUCAGUGGGAACGCCCUGUCUCCAUCCCAGCAGAUCUUCAGGGUUCUAGGAAAGGGUCCCUUAGUUCUGUAACGUCAUCUCCCACCCCAGAGAACGAGAAACAGCCAUGGAGUGAUUUUGCUGUUCUGAAUGGGGGAAAGAUUAAUAGUGACAUUUGGAAGGAUUUGCACGCGGCCACAGUCAACCCGGACCCCAGUUUAAAAGAGUUUGAAGGAGCCACCCUGCGCUAUGCAUCCUUGAAACUCAGACAUGCUCCACAUGCCGAUGAUGAUGAUUCUUGCAGUAUCAACAGUGACCCAGAAGCUAAGUGUUUCGCUGUGCGCUCUCUGGGGUGGGUGGAAAUGGCAGAGGAGGACCUCGCUCCUGGCAAGAGUAGUGUUGCCGUCAACAACUGCAUCAGGCAGCUUUCCUACUGCAAAAACGACAUCCGAGAUACAGUUGGCAUUUGGGGAGAGGGGAAGGACAUGUACCUGGUCCUGGAGAACGACACGCUGAGCCUGGUGGACCCCAUGGACCGCAGCGUGCUCCACGCUCAGCCCAUCGUCAGCAUCCGCGUGUGGGGCGUGGGCCGCGACAACGGCCGAGAGAGAGAUUUUGCUUAUGUAGCAAGAGACAAAGAUACAAGAAUUUUGAAAUGUCAUGUAUUUCGAUGUGACACACCAGCAAAAGCCAUUGCCACAAGUCUCCACGAAAUCUGUUCCAAGAUUAUGGCCGAACGGAAGAAUGCCAAGGCCCUGGCCUGCAGCUCCUUACAGGAAAGGACCCACGGGAACCUCGACGUCCCCCUGCAAGUAGAUUUUCCAACACCAAAGACUGAGCUGGUCCAGAAGUUCCACGUGCAGUAUUUGGGCAUGCUACCAGUGGACAAACCAGUCGGAAUGGAUACCCUGAACAAUGCCAUAGAAAGUCUUAUGACCUCCUCUAGCAGGGAGGAAUGGCCGUCAGUGAACAUGAACGUGGCCGAUGCUACUGUGACUGUCAUCAGUGAGAAGGGUCUCUUGCAGAAUGAAGAGGAGAUCCUGGUGGAGUGUCGGGUGCGAUUCCUGUCCUUCAUGGGCGUCGGGAAGGACGUGCAUACGUUUGCCUUCAUCAUGGAUACUGGGAACCAGCACUUCGAGUGCCACGUUUUCUGGUGUGAGCCUAAUGCCGGUAACGUGUCGGAGGCAGUGCAGGCUGCCUGCAUGUUACGAUACCAGAAGUGCUUGGUAGCCAGGCCACCUUCACAGAAAGUUCGACCGCCUCCCCCGCCAGCAGACUCUGUGACCAGAAGAGUCACAACCAAUGUAAAACGAGGGGUCUUAUCCCUCAUUGACACUUUGAAACAGAAACGCCCUGUCACAGAAACGCCAUAGCUGCAUAUGUGAAAGGACUCUGUACUAUUUACUGAAGGUUGAAUAGCUACACUAAAGAAGAGGAGCUGAUCUCUGGCCUUCCAUUCAGUUGCUGAUGCUUUGUCUUCAGAGAAUUUAUCCUUAACCAAACAGUGUUAGACAAGCAUGUUCUCUCGUCUUGCCACCAUCGUGUGAUAUGAAAAGAAGCAUGACUAAUUUUUUUUGCUGUUGGUAAGUUACAUCAUGAGCAGUGGAAGGUCCCUUUCUUAUUGUAAAUAUCGUAAACAUUACAUAAUUUCACACACACACACACACACACACACACACGGGGAAGAACGUGGCCACAUCCCUCCCAGUGAAGAUGCUGAAUCCUUGGAGUGAAUGACACCUGAGUUAGUUUCAGUGUCUUCUGGACUGGAUCUGUCAGAAGCAACUUUUAAGUCCUACAGCACUUUGCUCUGUUUUCAGCAUUGGAUUAGACACUGCAUACUGGAUACCAUUGAAUUGCUAUAAAAAUUGGAUGACGAAUUUUUUUUUAGUUUUUCAUAAAAUCGAACCUUUGGUUGACAAAACUGGCUGUUGGCAUCAGAAUAGAAACCAACUGGCAGCUUUCCUUAACGAGCUUCUUGACACAUGGACACCAUUUCAUGUCUAUAGCUGUUUGUGGGAUAUUGGGGGAAAAAAGUGAAGCUUCACAAUUGAAAAACUAAAUUUCAGAAAUUAAAAUCGAACAAAAAUAGCCUUUCUGUUUAGGUGGUUUUCAAACUGAUUAAGAAAAAGAAAGAGAUUUGCAAAAUCAGGAUGCAUUUGGGUGGGACAUUAUUUCAAACUUCUGCCUUAUAUUGUACAAUGCAGCUACAGAAUUACAGUUCACUAUGGCCAUUCUCUACAUAAACAACAUUAAAAUGAAAUAGUCCUUGUAAGCCUUUCAUCCUUAAUUUGAUAAUUAGCCAAUAUGCAAUUUGGAGUUGAGGAAAUGCCAUUUUCUAUUUUAGAUCUCCACGACCAUGUCAUGUUGUAGUUCCCAUUCUAGGUAAACGUUCUGCUAGGAUUCUACAUCUAGCUCAGUCUUACCCUAAUGCUUUUUGCCCAGAAAGCUGUCUGUCCAUCAUGUAUUGUCCAUGGCAACAAACUGCAUUAAAUUGAACCUUUCUGCAUUUAUGUGUUUAAUAUUAAAAUUUGUUGAACUUUAGAUAUAUUUUCAAAUUUAUAUUUUUUCCAUUUAUCUUCAAGAUUUAAGAAUUUCUUAUCAGAGCAAAAUAUACAUAGGAACAAUGUACUAUUUAACAGGUUUCCCCAAAAUAGCACUUUCCUCCUUCUUUAUCAAUAGACAAGAGACUUAGCUGUAAAGAUACACAGAUUUAGACUCUUGUUGAUACUGUUUAAAAGAAGUCGCUAAGAAGCUAAAUCUAAACAUGUUUUGUUUACUUUUCAGUGAUAAAAAUUAUCAUUUUAUAGCAUCAUCCAGUUAUAAAAGCAAUGCUUUAUGUUUAUCUACUGCUAUGUACUUGUCAGAAUGGUUUCCACAUUUUUAUCAUCACAUUUGAGCCUUAUGAGGUAGAGAAGGUAAUAAACACAUUUGAGAAAUAAAAAAAUAUGAAUUAAAGGGGCUCAACCACCUAUCCUAAGACCUCAGGAGAGUGAGUGAGAAAGCCAGGACUAAAACUCAUCAUGCAUCUCAACUCCCAGUUAUUAAAGUUACGCUGCUUCCACGCAAGUCAGGAUGAGUCUUUUCAAACUUACUCUGAGCGUAUCCAGUUAUUGUUGAGUAAUCUUAAGAUACCCUGUAUAAGCAGGGAAGUAUGGCCAAAUUACUUGUGCAGUAGAAUUAAGUAUAAAACCAAUGCCCUCUCUCAGUCCAGGACUGUUUUCCUGCAUUGUGCCUCAGAUGUGUUGUAAAGACAGGAUUCUAUGUGCAGCACAACCUGUUCAACCCACAGACUAUCCAGAGAUGAUGUUACGUGUGGUAGAAAUAUUCCUAAUUCAUGAUACUUAGCCACCAGAGAACAUGAUGGAAUGAGUAGGUAGCCUCCUGCUUCUGUUCCCUCGCAGAACUCUGGAGUUGUUUGCUAGCACCCUAGAGUUAUGGCAAAAAAGAUGCCACUCUAGAAAUGAAUUAUACUUCUCACCAGCCUAUAUACUAUUCUAUGGAAGUUACCAAUAACAUCCUAAGAAAUUACUUCAUUAAAGAAAUCCUUACUGUGCCCUUCAGAAUUCAAUCAUGAUGAUUUUUCAUCUUGACCUCCACAGUGAAACAUUUUAGUGUGAUAAACUUUAAAAUUCUUAACUAGUGAGCCACUUUUAUAUUGGAAAUCUCUACCAGAACCGCAUUCAUUUUUAAGGCAUAUGUUUGUUUUCAGGAUCAAGAAUACUGAGCUAGCUUUAAAUAGCAAACUGAUUUAUAUAUGCAAUUAUAGGAUGCAUUAAGAUGAAUGAUAGCCUUUACAUACUGAAAACUUUACUGCAGAUAUUUUGUUUUAAAAAUAGCUUUGCAUAGUAAAUGCAAUUACUUUUGUAAAACUAAUUAUGUUAAGCCGUAUGUUCAGACACUUUCUGCCAUGGCCAAAAAGUAUGUAUGAAAGUGCGUGUGUAUUUUCUGUGAAAGGAUGCCAGUGUUUUACCUGAUCUUGUAGUGACUCUUCAGUUAUCUAUGCAUUCUUUGUAUCUGUGAUUCGGUAAACAGGCAGCCAUGUUCACUAUGCCUUGUAUGUCUUAUCAUUUUUUUAAUUAACCUGUUAAAUACAGCUUAAAAUAUUUUUAUUUUAUUUAUUCUAUUUUUACUGAAAUAUACUGCAUUAUUGUGUUUAAUGUAUUAUUAUCUUUACUGGAUAUUAUCUCUCAAUGUAUCCAGGUCUAAGUAAUCUCAGUGAACUAUACAUUGCCUCAAAGGUGGUUUUGUAAUGAUUUGUAGUCACAUUUUUAUUGGAAUAUGUAGAAGAAACGGCAAAAUACUUACAAGUUUCUUUUUAUUUUUUAAAAGCAGCUAGACAGACGCAUACUUGCCACCACAUACGUGUGCUCCUUGGCCACAUCAAGGGCAAUAGCCAACAUGCCUAUGGCUAAAAACUUUACUUUGCAAACUUAAAGCACUGCUCGGUGCUUCAUUUUUAUAUCCUUCACAACACGUGUGAACUCAUCCAGAGACACACACAUGUCCUCAUGCCCUUUGUUUCCACCUGAAUAUAUGAUCAACCAUAGCUAAUUGGGACCAUUGUUUUUUGUUUAUGUCUGUCUUACUGCAUGAAGCAACAUUAGACCCAUUCUCAUUAAAAUAAGUUCUUGGUGAUAAA